CACGAUAUUGUAGUAACAAAUCCUAUAAAUAGGAAUACUGUUGGCGCUCUAUCUUAUGACAAUGAAAAUGGUCUAGCUGAUGUGUUGCACUUCAUUCCUUGAGGCCAGGAUAUCGAUCCCGACGUUUGAACAGAUGUCCUAUUCCUGUGUCAGUGCGCAGAGCGGACAGUCAUGCACGUAUUCUGGAUCUGGAUUUUUCUUGCGCAGAUUUCGUCACAAUGUUCCGCAAAAAGAAACCCGAUGUCAUCAACCAUGUCCUGUAGAUCUCAUCUUGGCUUACAUGAAAGUGUUGAUAACUUCCGGUUACAUGCUUACGCUUCCUGUUUUAACUUCCUGUUUUACCAGUUAAGCCCCAGGGUUAACUUGUCGGAAAGUCGACCGGUGGUGGAGUUUUUCUUCAAUAAACAAAACAUACGCCUUGAUUCAUGGGACUACAGAAAUGAAAGCGUUCAAACAAAUGUGUGUUCUUUUUUGUCCAAUGACGAAUGCCAGCGAUGGACUCUGUGUUGUGCUGCCGCAGAUACUUGCUGUGAACGACAGUUGGGACUUCCGCCGGAAGUUAACGGUACCUGUGGAAGGGUCUGGGACGGCUGGCUGUGUUGGGACGAUGGAAAUACCGGGACACUUAGCUACAAUUUGUGUCCUCUCUUUGUGCAAUAUGUCAUGCCAUCACGUCAGGCUGUUAGAUUGUGCGGUGCAGACGGCAGGUGGAUACCGAAAACAGAUUACAGUCCUUGCCUGAAGAAAGAGGAGUUGGAGACGACAAUAUUCACUGGCCUUGGAUGCAGUGCAACCAGCAUCGUGUUUCUCCUUCCAUCUAUCGUCAUAUUCCUCAAGUAUAGGGCGCUGAGAAAUCAACAUCGAAUACGACUUCAUUUAAAUUUGUUUCUGUCGCUGAUGCUUAAAGAAGUGAUGGCAAUUUUAUGGGACUUGCUGGUGACGUAUGAUAAAGUUACCAGCACGGAGGUGUCCGGUGCCACGCUCAUCAAAAACGGGGCAAGGUGUAAACUGCUGUCGUUCCUGAAGAUUUAUUUUAAGUGCUGUUGCUACACUUGGAUGUUCUGUGAAGGUGUAUAUCUUCAUCGUCUGAUGUCCAACGCUUUCUCGCCUCCUCGCUGCUUGGUGCCCAUGUACGUAUUCGGGUGGACCGUACCGCUGUCCUCGUCCGCUGUAUACGGCUUGCUUCGUGGGAUAUAUAACAACGAGAGUUGCUGGGCCUACGGCUACAAACAGCUGGAGUGGAUUUUUGACGGACCUAAUGUACUCUUCCUGGUGCUGAAUUUGGUUUUCCUGACAAACAUCUUACGAAUCCUGCUGACGCAAUUGCAAUCACACCCAAAUGAGCCAGGAAAUUUUAGGAAAGCUGUGAAAGCCACGUUUAUUCUGAUUCCAUUAUUUGGCAUUCAGUUAUUUGUAACGAUGUACAGAGUGCCAAUCAGUGUAGAGGGAGGGCUGGAGUAUGAGCGGGUCACCGUCAUAGUCGACCAUACACAGGGAUUUUUCGUGGCAAUGGUGUUCUGUUUCCUUAAUACUGAGGUCAUAUCAAAUCUCAGAAGAAGUUGGCGCCAUCAGGUGCGAGACAGGUCAUCAUCAUCCACAAAGCGUCUUAACCAUACCAUUCACCAAACUCUCUCCGUUAGAUCAGACUAUGACGUCACAAAAGACUAUAAUAGCCAAUCCAGACACUCCUUACUGGAGACAGGGCGGGAAACUGAAGAGAUCGAACUGAAAGAAACAUCGUUAUUGAAUGGAUAUAAAUCUGUGUCAUUAGAAUAAUUACAACUUAAGAGGAGAUACAAGCUCAAAGUUAUUUUUCGAUUAAUGUCAGUAUUUGCCCCUAAUGGCUUAUUAAUCUUUUCCCAUUGAGCUUUAAUUACGCUAUAUCCAUGAACCAUUUCAAAUUGAUCUUGCCGAUUCUAUUGUUGCUGUCCAUGAGAAAUGUAAGCUGUAUAUAUAUAUAUAUAUAUCAAAUGCUUUAUCC